AUGGCGCGUCACGCGCUCGCAGCGGUGCUGGUGCUGGGUUGCGCCGCGCACCUCGUCGCUGGCUACCCAGCUUUCUUUUACAGCAAGCAAAAAGGCUGCACGGCGCACCCAGACCGCGGCUAUCGGGGGCAUCAAGCGCCGCAGAAUGACACCACCACUACUGUCGCUAUCCUGGAUAGCGCUGGCAAGGCCGUCACGACUGUCUGCCCUGGCGUUGCGUACAGCGUUAAGCUGAGCUUCGGCGAGGUGCGCCUGGCCCUCAUCACUACAAACGCUGGCAGCUUCCCAGGUGCCGACGCAGCGUGUCCUGGCCGGCUGGCUGUUGACCGCUCUGCGCCGACACCGCUGGGCGGGUUUGCGCCGCGGGAACUGCAGACCAUCACGCUUAACGUCGCCUGCAGCGCCGCCACCAGCGUGAAAAUCGACGUCACGUCCGCACAUGGAAGCAAGGCCGCGUAUAAGCGCACUGCGGCUACUCUGCCCGUCAACCCGGCCUGUGCUGCAGCCGCCUGCGCUGCAAAGGCCAAGCCCGCAGUCAAGCCCGCGGCCAAGCCCGCUGCCAAGCCUGUGGAUGCCGGCACCAAGGCUGCCAGCCCUGCCCCCAAGGUCGCCAGUCCCACCCCAAAGGUCACCAAGCCAGCCGCAACCCAGGGCGACAAGACGGCCAGCCCGAAGAGCCCUUGA